AUGGCAGGGAAGCAAACAAAGACGGCCAAGCGUGCGAAUAAGCAAAAUGGACAGAGGGAAGUUACUUCUGAGGUGUUUCAAGAUUCUCAAGCCAGAAAUCAACUCAUAAAUGCUCCUAACCUUACUGAGAAAUCCAAAACUAAGAAACCAAGUAAAUUGAAAGUAUCGAAAGAGCAGGCUCUCGCACGGCUCUAUGGCUCGAAGAAUAAAAACACCAAAACGUAUUCGGACAAGGAAUUGAAUCUGCCGACAUUAAAUCGGGCAAUAAUUCCAGGUGUGAAGAUAAAGCGUGGUAAAAAGGGCAAGAAGUUUGUUGGUGACCAUGAUUCACUUUUACUAGAAAGGCUAAUAAGCACAAUUGGAGACAAGGAUGAGGAGCUUACCGAGAGUAAAUUAGAAAAGGCUCGCAGAUUGGAGGAAAUAAGAGAAUUGAAAAGACAAGAAAUUGAGAGAAAAGAGGAGGCGAAGAAGGAUAAACUUGAUGCGAAGAAAGGUGAAUUGAAGAAGAAGGCAUCUGUAGCCAGAUCUUUGCGGAGGAAAAACAAGAGAGAAGAAGAAGUUAACGAGAGGAAGGCAUCUGGAAAACCUGGCAUUGAAGGAAAGCGAGCAAAGAAAUCUGUCACUUUUGCAUAG